UGCUAAUAAAAAUUUGCUCCCGCCGGACCAUUCAGUCAUUUACACUCUGCAAGGACCAUGGGAACAACCACGAUACUUUUGGUAGCGAUUGCUAUCCAUUUUGCUGCAUCGAAAGAGUUGUUUUUCUCCGAUUUCACUGGACCCUCGACCGUGACAUCGGACUCAAAUGGUGCAUCAUUCGUCUACGAUGACUAUUUCGACCGGAAUGUCCUGCAACUCGAUGGUACCAAUGGCUAUGCUCUUGUCCCAGCUGUGAAGUUCCAGAAAAGUGACUUCACCAUUGUAAUGUGGUUCAAGUCAACUGCGAAUGGGAAGAGGCAAAUACUCUAUGCUGAUUGGUCAAAGGAGUGGCAGUUCCUUAUUGCAGUGCAAUCCGACGGGAAGAUUCAAGUCACUCUGAGGCGAAACAUUAAUAGCGGAGGCAGCAAUCCAAACCAAGAUUUGCUCACUGCUCUCGGUGGUGAUGUGAAGCGUGAUGCAUGGCAGCACCUUGUCGUGACGUACGAAAACGAGCCUGGUACUUGUGUCGUGUAUCUGGAUGGCGAUGAGGUUGCCAGCGCCACGACCACGUACUCCGAUCAUGACCUCCAAGAGAACAGUCAUCCAACUUACGAAGUAGGCUACAAGAAGGACUCCAACAGCGACUUCUUCGACGGCCGCAUCGGUUUCCUGAAGGUAGCCGACGUCGCUAUUUGUAGCACAGAUUCCGACUUGUACAGAAGUUACUUCAAAGACUCUGCAGAUCAUAUAACCUCGCUGAGCAAUGGUGCUUCUUUCGUCCACGACUACGAUUUUGGGCGGAGUGUCCUGCAACUCGAUGGUACCAGUGGCUAUGCUCUUGUUCCAGCUGUGAAGUUUCAGAAAAGUGACUUCACCAUUGAAAUGUGGUUCAAGUCAACUGCGAAUGGGAAGAGGCAAAUACUCUAUGCUGAUUGGACAAAGGAGUGGCAGUUCCUUAUUGCAGUGCAGUCCGACGGGAAGAUUCAAGUCACUCUGAGGCGAAACAUUAAUAGCGGAGGCAGCCAAGGCGACCAAGAUUUGCUCACUGCUCUCGGUGGUGAUGUGGAACGUGAUACAUGGGAACACCUCAUCGUGACUUACAGCAAUGCCCCCGGUACUUGUGUCGUGUAUCUGGAUGGCGAUGAGGUUGCCAGCGCCACGACCAAGUACUCCGAUCAUGACCUCCAAGAGAACAGUCAUCCAACUUACGAAGUAGGCUACAAGAAGGACUCCAAUAGCGACUUCUUCAACGGCCGCAUCGGUUUCCUGAGGGUCAGUGGCGAGGAGUACACGCCAGGAAGCUGCCAGGGUCGAGUGUAAGAGGGGCAAGGUCAACGCUACUCACAUUGAAUAAUUUGAGAUCACGAGAUCCAACGAGAGAAUUAUCGGGACGAAGUCAAAACAACCCGGUAUAGCAGUUAAAACUGUCCCCCAGUAAUAUGAAAUAACCUUUUGUUUCCUCGGACAUUUCAAACUUUUACGCGAGUAAUUCUGUUUGACAUGUACAUCUUUAAAGAAUAAAUUACCUUUUCUCGAA